AUGCCGUUCGACCAGCACACCGGCAUCUAUACGCGCGACCUGCCCAAGGUCGCCCUGCCUCAGAAGGCCCUCACCAUCUACGACUUCCUGUUCGACCCCGAGCCCGCCGCGUUCGAAGGCUCGUCCGGCGCCCGACUCGAGCGACCCGACCCGACCGGCCGCACCUGGCUCAUUGACGCCUCGAGCCCCCGACAGUACACGUUCGAGCAGACGCGCAAGCGCACCGACGACAUUGCGCGCGCCUUUUGCGCCAAAGGCCUUGAGGCCGGCGACACGAUCCUCGUCUUCUCGCCCAACGACCUCGAUUACGGCCCCGUCCUGUGGGCGGGCUUUCGUGCCGGCGCAGCUUCGUCAUGCGCAAACCCGAGCUACACGCACGCCGAGCUAGCCCUGCAGAUGGACACGGUCAACAAGCACUACCCUGUUCGCUUCCUCGUCGUGCACCCGGACGCCAUCGAGACGGCCGUCAAGGCGUGCGAGACGUCGGGCCUGUCGACCAAGAUGAUCGUCCUCAUCCGCUCGCCCUCCGACUCUCCCGCCAACAUCAAAUCGCUCGCGAGCGGGUUCCCGACGCUCGACGACCUCGUCUCGUCGACGAGCAACGAGCCGCUGCCGCCCAAGUUCUCGCUCAAGCAGGACGAGGCCAAGACGCGGCUCGCCUUCCUGUCGUUCUCGUCCGGCACCACGGGCGUCCCCAAGGCCGUCAUGAUCCCGCAUUUUGCCGUCAUCAGCAACGUCCUGCAGGAUGCGCUUCACUGGAGCAAGUCGAACAACUUUGUGCCGUACGACGCCAAGACCAAGAAGGGCGACGUCGUCAUGGGCUGCCUGCCGUUCUACCACAUCUACGGCCUCGUCGUCAUCCUCCACCACUCGAUCUGGCAGAACACGCCCGUCGUCAUCCACUCCAAGUUCGACCCUCGGCUGUUCCUCGAGUCGAUCACGGCCCACCGCAUCUCGACGCUCUAUCUCGUCCCGCCGCAGGUCAUCUUCAUGGUCAAGCAGGACGACCUCGUCAAGCAGUUUGAUCUGUCGAGCGUCAGGAUGGUCAUGGCCGGCGCUGCGCCGUUGACCGACGAGACUAUCUCGGCCUUCCGCACGCGCUUCCCGCACAUCGCCAUCGGCCAGGGCUACGGCAUGACCGAGAGCAGCACCAUCAUCUCGACCAUGGACGCCUCGCACGACUUUCCUGGCGCGUCGGCGGGCUACCUCUUACCAAACGUCGAGGCCAAGAUCGUCUCGCCCGAGGGCAAGGCGCUGCCGCCAAAGCAGGUCGGCGAGCUCCUGGCUCGCAUGCCGUCGAUCGCCCUCGGCUACCUCAACAACGACAAGGCGACCAAGGAGACGUUCGACGACGAGGGCUUCCUGCACACGGGCGACGAGGGCUUCAUCGACGAGCACAGCCGCCUCUUCAUCACGGACCGCAUCAAGGAGCUCAUCAAGUGCUCGGGCUUCCAGGUCGCCCCAGCCGAGCUCGAGGGCCACCUCCUCGCGCACGAGGACGUGCAGGACGUCUGCGUCAUCGGCGUGCCGGACGAGAGGAAGGGCGAGGUGCCUAAGGCGUAUGUCGUCGUCUCGCCCGGCGCAGCAUCGCGCGUCAAGUCGGGCGGCUCGAGCGCCGAGAACGCACUCGUCGACAGCAUCAAGAAGUUCGUCAGCGACCACAAGAUCAAGUACAAGUGGCUCGCCGAGGUCGAGUUCAUCGACGCGAUUCCCAAGACGCCGAGCGGCAAGCUGCUCCGUCGUGACCUCCGCACCCUGCACGCCCAGAAGGUCAAGGCGCAGAAAGAGAAGCUCUGAGUACACGAAAAGAAGCCUGCAGUAUCACCGAGUGCCCGACUC